AUGGCGAUGUUCUUGAUGAUAAUUGGUCACAAUCAACGUUAUGUAAUCAUCAAAUGUAGAUUUCAACACUCAAAUCAAAUGAUUCAUAAGUAUUUUUAUGAAGUAUUGGAUAAAAUGAUGGUGUUCGCAAACGAUAUAAUAGUACCAACUUCCUUCAAUCCAAAUCCAAACAUUCUGGGACAUAAUAGGAGGUUACAAAGGAUUUUCAAAGGAGCGGUUGGUGCACUUGAUGGAACUUUGUUACAUGUUAUUGUCCCUCUCGACAAACAACAUUUGUAUAGAGGAAGAGGAAAAGGCGAUUGUUAUCAAAAUGUAUUGGUAAUAUGCGACUUCAAUAUGAUUUUUAUGUUUGUCGUGGUUGGUUGGGAAGGGAUAGCACAUGAUUCAAGAAUGUUUUCUGAAGCUUUAACAGAUCGAGAUGCACCAUUCCCAUUUCCACCGACAGAUAAGUAUUAUCUUUUUGAUGCUGCGUAUACACACAACCGAGGAUUUAUGGCUCCUUACCAUAAUGUGCGAAAAGAGGGAUUAAGUGAUGAGUAUUUUUCUCAAUAUAAUCAAGUCGAUAUAUCACUUCAAAGCAACAAUGUACAAGAUGAUGAUGAUGAGGAGGAGGAGGAGGAGGAGGAUGACGUGGAUGAGGUACAACCACACAGAAGUGCAAGAGACCAGGAAUAUAUGGUUCAUCUACAAGAUCAAAUUGCUAACCAGUUAAUGCGAAAUGUAGAAUGA